GUGUGUGGAUUGUAUUUCGGUGGCAACAGCGCCACCCUUGUGUGUCAAGCGGUGUUUGCGUCGCUCAUGUCGUUGCUCUUGACUACGCAAAGCGGCGACGGUGACAGGGUUGGGUAGAGAAGGAGAGGGGGAGGUGCACCCCACAGUACACCCAUUACUAUGGAAACAGGUAAACUGUACGAACGCUUCAAGAACAAAGUGACAUGUACUGGUAAUCCUAUGGACAAGAUACGAAUACAUAACACUGAGGAUUCGUGAUUGGGAUGAUAACUAUGCUUCCCCAUGCAUCAGAGGCCGGAGGAGAUUGAUGAUCUGACUUGUUGCUGACUUGUAGCAGCUGAAAGAUGUCCUUUGCACCGAGGACCUCACUAACCUCUGCCAAGAUGCAGACCAGAAUGAGUGCCUGGACACCUCUUAACCACCAGCUGUCUAAUAACAAUGUGUUUGAAGAGCGAAGAAACCUGCUGGGAAAAUGGUUUGACAAGUGGAGCGACGGCCAGAGGAAGGCGGUUCUACAGGACUUUUUCUCGCGGUGUUCAGUGGGCCAGCUGCGUUUCCUCCGUCAGAACCUGACCAAGAGGGUUCCAGAGGAGAACCUAGACUUCACCUCUGUCCUGCCCAGAGUUCUCUCUCUCUAUGUCUUCUCUUUCCUCGACCCCAGGAGUCUUUGCAGGUGUGCACAGGUGAGUUGGCACUGGAAGGGUAUAGUCGAGUUGGACCAGCAAUGGAUGCCCAAGUGUCUUAAACUCGGCUGGUGCAUCAACUUUGCCCCCACACCAUUUGAACAUGGGGUCUGGAAGAGACACUACAUAGAGACAGUACUGGAGCUCCACAUCGGCAAACCUAAGACUCUAUCACAGCAGGAGUUCAUUGUCCCUGAGGUGACGUCCAUAAACAGUGUGACGUUUGACCAAUCAGAGAGCUUCCUCAGAGAGGUCCAGCGAGAGAGGAGCGGUGGCGGCACCACGAGGGGGUCAGGAGGGUCCCAGCUGAAGGGGCUACCCCCGUGGAGGGGUGCAGACAGACACCCCACUGACACUGUGCGAUUCAAUUAUCUGGAAAAUCUGGACCCCAUAGAGCACGCCCACCAAGUAAAAGUGAAGAGCAGAGGGGUCUUCAACACUGACAAUGGAUUGAAGAAAGAGCUGUCUGCAUUCAAUUAUAAACUGCGCAAGGCAAAGUCAUUGAUGUUCCUGUCCUUGGACCUGACUCCAGGUUUGGGUUCUGGAGCAGGACAGCAGAAGCAGAACCGGUUCCGCCCCCAAUGGGCCACACAGAGCCUAGAGUACCCUGUCACCAAGGCAACAGCCAAGAGCCUGUCGCGGUCGAGCCAAUGGAACGCUGGGAUACGACCUGGUCCUGUGAGGUCAGCGGUGCCCAGGCUCAGUCAGGAAGGACUGAGGGCAUCAAUGAGGACAAACAGGAGUACUCCUAGUUAGAAACAUCUUUCCUUCCUUCCUCUCUCCCUCCCUUCCUUCCUCCUUUUCUACUUUCCUUAAAUCUGUCGAUCGCAGGGGACACACAGGACCACGCCUAGUAAGACAAUAGAUGACCAAUCCUUUCAAUGUACAUUCUUGGUUGAACUAUAACAGAAUGAGCGCUCCAUCAAAAAGGAAACUUGUGUCCAAGGAAACACGUGACAUUACAUUCUUACUCAAUGAAUGCUUUCUUUCAUCGCCUGAAUGUUCCGUAUGAUGUACACUGCUCAAAAAAAUAAAGGGAACACUUAAACAACACAAUGUAACUCCAAGUCAAUCACACUUCUGUGAAAUCAAACUGUCCACUUAGGAAGCAACACUGAUCGACAAUAAAUUUCACAUGCUGUUGUGCAAAUGGAAUAGACAAAAGGUGGAAAUUAUAGGCAAUUAGCAAGACACCCCCAAUAAAGGAAUGGUUCUGCAGGUGGUGACCACAGACCACUUCUCAGUUCCUAUGCUUCCUGGCUGAUGUUUUGGUCACUUUUGAAUGCUGGCGGUGCUUUCACUCUAGUGGUAGCAUGAGACGGAGUCUACAACCCACACAAGUGGCUCAGGUAGUGCAGUUCAUCCAGGAUGGCACAUCAAUGCGAGCUGUGGCAAAAAGGUUUGCUGUGUCUGUCAGCGUAGUGUCCAGAGCAUGGAGGCGCUACCAGGAGACAGGCCAGUACAUCAGGAGACGUGGAGGAGGCUGUAGGAGGGCAACAACCCAGCAGCAGGACCGCUACCUCCGCCUUUGUGCAAGGAGGUGCACUGCCAGAGGCCUGCAAAAUUACCUCCAGCAGGCCACAAAUGUGCAUAUUUUUUGGUCUUGUGAGCAGAAUCUUCAACAUUGUGAGAAUUUUGUGCAACUUCCGGCGCACAUUUACAGUGAACAGUACCCAUACCGUUUUAGACCAUGGACCAAAUAGGUGACUGUAAAUUGCCUUGGGUUGUAUGAUGCAAGAAACCCCUUUACAAAUUACAAUUAAUUAUUACCAUACAGAGAAUUAGACAAUGUACGCUACCCCUCUGCCUAUUGGCUUAUUCAAGCCUGUCUCAAAAUACAACUCUGCCCCUUUAAUUAAGACAAGCAUUUUACCGGACUGGCUUUUCAAAGACAUGUUGAAAUGUAGCCUACAUGUUUUGUGCUCUUGUAGGAAGCAGUAACUCCCCAUUGCUGACCUAUACUUAUCUAUAACUGGGCUAUUAAUUCGCCAACUAGCAAAGAAUAUCAAUAAAUGUGCACACGGGCGGCGCAGAUCUGAAAAGCGCAUUCACUCUACUCCAUGCGCUCUGGCUACAACAAAAUCAGACUCAAUCUUGUAAAAUUAGAUUUGUUGCAUUGAAAAGGGGCUGAUAUGUUAAUUUGAUCACAGAAAAAACGUUGAUCUAUAUAUUGCAAACUAAUUGGGCGAACUCAGUGAAGUUCAAUCUGUUGCAUUUCUUCUGCGCAGCAGUCCUAGAGAAAAUGCGCGCACAGUUUAGAUGGAACAUUGGCUGUGACCCAAAUUUGGAUCAUGAGUGGUUUGAAAUAGGUCGCGGGUGUCUAAUUAAAAUUGUUAUCGUUUUGGGGUGAUGAAAAAUACUCCAGUCUGCACUUAAACUACUAAAGCCAGGUAAAGGGUGUAUAAAUUAUCAAUAUUUUUUUUUACAUUUCAAUAUAGAGCUAUUAUCAGUGAUUUAGCAGAUUUUGUGGUCUCAUACCAGUUAGCAUACAAACGUUCAUCAAUCAUGGGUAAAAUUAUUAUUGACAAUAGAAAAUGUGGGAACGUUGUUCCCUUGUCAUAUACAUUGCUACAUUUACUAUCAAUAUAGCAUUACAAAUAUUUUUCCAGGUGGCUUUUUGUAGUGCUAAUAUUUAGUUGCGACUGAGACAAUGGGUACCAAUUUGAGUCCGGAGGCAAAACCAGUUGAGAAGCACUGGUAUACAAUACAAAGGAAGUACAGUACUACAUACUGAAGUAGUGAGAAUCAGAAGAGAAGCCGUUCAACCAAACAGUACUGGGAAGAUGGAACUGAGACGUGUACUCUUGAUUUACAUCAAAUCAUGUUGACGUACAUUUCCACCAAGUUGAAUUAUGACAAGAAUACAGUGUAUGGACAUGACUA